UGCGUAUAACAAUAAAUACUAGAGCUUUAAGCAGUGUGAUAGUUCUGAGUGGGAAAUGUAUUUUUUUUUUUAAAUCAAGUAAUAAAAAGGACUUAAUAUUAUCACACAGCUAGAGAAAAAUUGUUUUGAAAUUUUGUUUUUAAAAAUGUGUUUGUUGAAUUCACUUCUGAAAGAAAAGAAUGAAAACAGAAUGUUGUGACACAGACUGUAUUCGUGGGUUCAAGUUUUCCAUGCCAGCACAGGAUGUGUGUAGCGGGAGCAUCCAUGAGGGUAUGCAGUCUACGUGUAAUCUGAUGGAGGAGGAAAAACCUGUUCUUCAUGGGGUCAAAAUACGUGCAGCCACACCAGAGAGGCUCAUUCAUCUGUGUGUGGAGAGCUUUGCUGAUGAUGGUACGAUUAUUGAGGACAGUAAAUUCCCAAACGUCAUGUUCCUUAUGCAUAAAUGGUACAUGUCAACAUCUGAAGAGCUCGCCCAGGCAUUUGUCAACUUAUAUCAGAACAGUGAAGAGAAAAUCAUUUGUCCCUACCCAAAGUGUUCACAUCUUCCCUCACAGAAAUCUUGUCCAAUCCAGAUCUACAGAGCCAAAAUAUGCUAUGCUGUAAGAUAUUGGAUUCGGCAGUUUCCAGUUCAGUUUGACCUUGACUCCAAGCUACAGUCUGUGAUUAAAACUUUUGGGUCCCUUGUACAGCGGACAGGAAAUAGCACCUUUAAAGAACUUAUAGACCUCUCCAAAGUCCCAUCGUAUGAUUGGAUGAGAAGUAUAUCGGUUCGUAAUCCUUCAAUGCGACAUAAUCGUAAAGUUUCCCUUGUGUUCAAUCAUCUGGAACCAGAAGAGCUUGCGGACCACCUCACCUACCUGGAGUAUAGAGCAUUCAGGAGGAUUAAUUUUACUGAUUUCAAGAACUAUGCAAUGACAGCAUCACUGAAGGAUAACCCGAAGUUGGAACGUUCUAUAGCUUUGUUUAAUGGUCUAUCACAGUGGAUACAGUGUAUGGUUCUCAGUAAAACCACGCCCCAACAGAGAGCUGAUGUUAUUGUCAAGUUCUGUAAUGUUGCCAAGAAAUUACGAGCUUUACAAAACUUCAAUUCUCUGAUGGCAGUGGUUGGUGGUCUUACACACAGUGCCCUGGCCAGACUGUAUAAAACUACAGCCUGUAUACCCUCAGAAACUCAAAAGAUGUUGAUGGAACAUACAGAGCUUUUGUCAUCCAACAACAACUUCAGCAACUACAGAAAAGUCUUUCAUCAAUGUACGGGAUUUAAAAUACCUAUUUUGGGUGUUCAUCUGAAGGACCUCAUUCUUCUUCACACUGCGCUGCCUGAUAGAGUGGAGGGGAACCUUGUUAACUUUCGUAAAAUGGCUCAACUUUCACUCAUUCUUCGCGAGUUAACCAAACUUCAGACUCAUGACUCCAUUCCAGGAGUCUUCGCCAACAUGGAUCUCAUCAAUACUCUCAGGUUAUCUCUGGACAUGCAUUACACAGAGGAUGAGAUUUACGAGCUGUCCCUUGCCAGAGAACCAAGAAAUUCUCUCUCAUCAGCUGUGUUCAAAAACUACGACAAUGACCGAGAUGGUUUUAUAUCACAUGCUGAAUUUGAGGCCAUCGCUGGAAACUUUCCAUUCAUUGAUUCAUUUUGUGUUCUUGAUGCUGACCAGGAUGGUAUGAUCAGCAAGGCAGAAAUGAAGACAUAUUUUAUCCGUGCCAAUUGUCAUGCUCUUCGGAACAGUUUCAAACAUGACUUCCAUGAAAUCACCUACUUCAAACCUACAUUUUGUAUACACUGUACUGGCCUGCUUUGGGGUUUGAUAAAGCAAGGCUGGAAAUGUAAAGAUUGUGGUAUAAAUGCUCACAAACAUUGUAAAGACUUGGUUGUGAUGGAGUGUCGGAGCAAGGCCAGUGUGGCGUGUAACCGUAGACUUGAUUCCCUCUCAUCAAAUGGGUCAGGGAGUCAAGAUUUGUCAUAUUCCACGAAACGUAAAAUGUCUCAGCGUCAGAAACGGACUCGUGUUCACCGAGGUACCCAGACGGAGGAGUGCUAUUUUGUCGAUCCAUUACCAGAUAUUGGAGAGGAGGGUGACUACCGAGAACUUCAUGAAAGACUGCUGAAAGCAGAAGAGGCGCGUGAUCGGCUGAAAGAAGAGAAUGAGAGAUUAAAAUUAAUGCUGAAAUCUAACAUGGAUCAAACUACCAUAUUGAAGUCUCAGAUUGGUAACAUUCGCAAGAAUACCAUCUCUCUUAUUCUGGAACAGAUGGAAGCAUUGCACAUACAACGAGACUCAAAAGUCUAGACUGGUCAUUGCUGAUGCCAAGCUCAAAAUUUCUGGACUGGUUUUGUAUUUUUUUGCCUGCAGCAGAUGAAGAAUCCAGUGACUGGUUCUUUAUGUAAAUUUAUAUAUAGAAUAGAAUGGUUAUGAUCAAACAAGAUCAGGAUUUCUGAACUGGUCACAGUCAAUUCCAAGCUCAAAGUAUCUUGACUGGUUCUUGAUUUCUUUUGCAGCAGAUGAAAACUGGAUAUCUGUGACUGUUUCUUUAUUUAUAACCAUCAGUAGUCAGAAUGGAUAUCACAUGACUGGUUCACUAUUCUGUCAAAAGAAAUUACAUGGAAUGGACAUCAUGCACAAGAAUGGAUAUGAAUUACCAUCAGACAAGGAAAUGAUAUGUGAUGCACAAGGCUUAUCGUUAUUUUUUUUACUUGAUAUUUUAUGAUAUAAAGAAAUCAACUGGGAGUUUGGUAGUAUAAAAUGUAGACACAUUCUGAAAAUCAAAAAAUGAUCAUAGUUAACAGCAAAAGUCCAGAAACCCACCAGAAAGUGAUAUAGACUGUCUAUAUAAAACAGCCAUGACAGGUGUAACCGAAGAUCUGUAAUCAGAUUAAGGUCAGAUCACUUUUCCCCCAUUACGUUGGCUUUGAGUGAGGAAGCCAUCCAGAUGGUUUCGUGGAAGGCCAUUGGUUCUACCCAGGAGCCUAUCUGUGCCUGAGGUAUUGGCUGGACUGACACUAAGAUUCCUCCUCCACUGUCAAAAAUAAGAGCUGUUUCUGAAGUCAAGAUAAAGUGAUAUACGGUCUUCAAGGAGUUAAGGAGAAUUGUUAACCAUUUGGUUCGAAAUUCAUGCUCCAGAUAUUCAAAGUAAAAGUUUAGAUGUGAAAGAGAACAAACAAGAUGGUACGAAAUAACCAAGUGACUUUUGUCAGAACUCACCGGCAAAAUUUUAAACCUUAUUGUUGAAGUUACCAUAGAAAUUCAUGAAGGAGAAUAUACUCAGUUGAAGAUCUCUUAGUGAAUUUAGUGUUCUGUAACCUUGGUAGUACUUGAGUCAUCUUUAUACAUGAACAGAAAUAGCGGGUAACAAUUUAAACCAGUUUGUGUUCAGAAAAAACAUUUUAAGGAUGUGGUUCGUCUCAUAUUUUUGUACUCUUUCUGGUUCAACUGUGAAGCUUUGUGAAAUGAUGUAGAAAUUAUAUAUAUACCUGACUUACAAGCACCAAGCACCAAGUAUUAAGGCAGUUUUAUGACUUUAUUGCGAUAAUAUAAGAUGAAGACCUUUUGCAUAGAAAAGAAGUAUAUCAAUUUCACCAUCAUUCUGAAUAAACAGUUUGUGUGUGUACUAGUUUGACAGUUGGUGUUAGCUUAUAUGCCAGUUAACUGUUACUGUGUUACACAUAUUCUGAUGUUACAAAUAGGUUAACCAUAUAUCUGAUUAUUAUUGCUUUGCUCGGAAUAUAUUCAGUACUUUUUACCAGAGUGUACUUGAUACAUAUUUUAAAAAAACUUGUAUAUAUAUUUAACUGUAAAACUGUCUAAUCAGUGAUCACUCGCAAAUAUUGACCUGUUAUUAGAAAUACAUCGUUGCCAUAGUAACCCACUGAAAAAAAGAAUUUAGAAAAAUUGAAACUAUUUUUGAAAUGGUGCUUUAUGAGUAUGAGAUCACAAGUUGUGGUCAUUUAUUUCAUUGAAAACUUUUGAUUUAGGUUUUACAAAUAUAUU